AUGGGAAAGAAACAAAUCAGCCCAGCCUACGUCCUUGGCGUGGGUAUGACCAAAUUCAUCAAGCCGCGAGGCAAGGUCGACUACCAUGAGAUGGGAUUUGAGGCCGGCGUCAAGGCUAUGCUGGACGCGCAAAUCACCUACGACGACGUCGAGCAAGGCGUUGCGUGCUAUGUGUAUGGCGACAGCACCUGCGGCCAGCGAGUCUUUUAUCAGUUCGGCUUGACAAAAAUCCCCAUCUACAACGUCAACAACAACUGCUCCACUGGCUCUUCCGGUCUGGCUUUGGCCCGCACCAUGGUCUCGAGCGGUGCGGCCGACUGCGUUCUCGUAGUUGGCUUUGAGAAGAUGAGCCCAGGAAGCUUGCAAUCUUAUUUCAAUGACAGAGAAAACCCGACUGGUCUUUUCGGAAUGAUGAUGGCGGAGACUCGAGGUGUUACCAAUGCCCCAGGUGCCGCUCAGAUGUUUGGAAACGCCGGUCGAGAAUACAUGGAAAAAUAUGGUGCUAAACUGGAAGAUUUCGCUGAAAUCGCCCGCGUGAACCACGAACACUCCAAGCGCAACCCUUAUUCUCAGUUCCAGGAUGAAUACACGCUUGAACAGAUCCUCAAGGCUCCUAUGAUCCACUCCCCUCUUACCAAAUUACAAUGCUGCCCAACGUCAGAUGGCAGUGCCGCAGCUGUUAUUGUGUCGCAGUCCUUCCUUGAUGCUCGUCCCCACUUGAAGGAACGUGCCAUCCUGAUUGCUGGCCAGACCAUGGCCACCGACGACGUGUCCGUAUAUGACCGCAGCUCAAUCGACCUCAUGGGCUUCCAAAUGUCCCGUCACGCAUGCCGCACCGCCGUCGCCGAAGCUGGAGUCAAUAUCAAGGAUAUCAAAGUCUGUGAAUUGCACGACUGCUUCUCCGCCAACGAGAUGAUCACAAUCGAUGCCCUGGAACUCUCAGAGCCGGGCAAGGCCCACGAGAUGGUGCGCAAGGGCGAUAUCACUUAUGGUGGAAAAAUGAUCAUCAACCCCUCGGGCGGCCUUAUUUCCAAGGGCCAUCCUCUCGGCGCCACUGGCCUUGCUCAAUGUACCGAGCUGGUGUGGCAUCUGCGUGGUUGGGCCAACAAUCGUCUCAUCAAGGGCACAUCGUCCGCACUUCAACACAAUCUAGGCCUGGGCGGUGCCGUUGUGGUUACUGUAUAUAAGCGUGCUGAUGGCAAGGAAGCCACCCCGGUUUCCUCAGAGCAGAUCGCCAAGAUCACAGGGCUGGGCUACAACCCGGCCGUCGAGGCCAAGGGCUUUACGGCGGAACAGGCCAAAUCAGUACUCAGUAAGAUAUCUAGUGACUGGGCUCAAGGUGAUGUGCAGGAGAAGGUUUUGGCUCGAUUUUAG